GUUGUGUGUACCAUUGUAAACGGUUUGGUUGAUUCGUACUCUAAUGACGGAGGCACUCUAUUAUUACCAAGAUUUUAAAAACAUAUAUAAGAAGGCGGCCGAGAAAGGAUACAGGCAGCAACAUGAGUUCAGGUUUUUCAUCAAAGGUCCCCGAUUGCGUGGUCCAGACAUGCUACGAGUACGAAGGCGUCAUUAUGCCUGUCUUCAUGCCGUUGUCGGCGCUGAAGCGCGUCAGGAAAUUCGAAUGUCGACCCGAUGACCUGUUUAUCGUGACCUUUCCGAAGUCAGGCACAACGUGGGUGGAGCAGCUGUGUCUGUUAAUUCAACAUGACGGUGAUUUCAGCAAACUGGAAGGCACCCAUGUCAUGAAGGCGGUUCCAUUCCUUGAGAUCGUGGAAGACAACCGAAACCCAUCGUCACCGCCAGUAAUCGACAGGGCUGAAAAGAUGGCGUCACCAAGGAUACUCAAAUCUCACUGCCAUUCGCCUUUCCUACCCGAGGAUAUCAGCACCGAUGAUCCGAAAGCUAAGGUGAUUUACGUAGCCCGGAACCCAAAGGAUACGGCUGUUUCCAAUUACCAUUUCUGCCAUUACAUUCCACCCCUGCCGAGCUAUGAUUCUUGGGAUAUGUUCUUUGAAGAGUUUCUAGCUAACAGGGCUCCUCAAGGAUCUUGGUUUGAAAACGUGUUGCCAUGGUGGAAGAGAAGGAAUCAUCCAAACGUUCUCUUUCUCAAGUACGAAGAUAUGAAAAAGGACCUACAAGGAGCCGUUCGACGGAUAGCUGAAUUCAUGGGAAAGCCCCUUUCAGAUGACGUCAUCGAGAACAUCUCAGAAGCUUCUACGUUUAAGGCAAUGAAGAAGAACCCUUUAUCAAAUCCCGACACUCUGCUGCAGAAUGGCAACCGGGAGUCCGGACUCGGACAAUCAAGUACAUCCUCAUUCAUGAGAAAAGGUGUGGUUGGAGACUGGAAGAAUUAUUUCACUGACGAACAGAACAAGCGAUUUGACGAGCUGUACAAUAAGGAAAUGGCUGGCUCUGGACUUGAAUUCGAGUUUUAGGAGUUGCCGUCUUUGACCA